GCCUAACGAUCAUCACCAUCUCAGAUACUAAGAAUGGCCGCAAUAUCUCCUAUGGGAUUCAACUUUGGUAAUACAAAAACAUCUACAAAACUCUUGAAAUCUUCUAAAUCUUCAAAGAAGAGGGAGUUCGUCAACGAGGACGACACCAAGAUGUCCAUCCCAGAUGACGAACACGAGAAUAGACCGGUUAGAUCACUCAAAAAAGUUAAAUCAACGAUAAACAACCACACGCCGGAUGAGCCCGACUUGGGCGUCUUGCUCGCUUCUCUCCCCCAUCAGUCCCUCCUCAGCAUAAUGAAUAACAUCAUCAAUCAAGAGCCAUCAGUGAAAUCUCUGAUCCUCUCGAAAAUACCCCAGCCAUCUCUAUCCACCUAUUUACACGCCCUCAAUGAUUCCACCAACCGCAUCAUACAUUCUAUCCCUCUCGGCAACACUAGAGCUAUUUACACACUCUCGAGACUAAAAAUUCCGUUGACUGAUUGGUCAAAAGUCAUCUCAACCUAUUUGCCCUUCUUCACCUCAAGCAAUCUCCAUCCAGCGGACAGAUUUAUCGCUAUCCAGCCAACGACUUUGCAGUUCAUCAGACUCUUGAGUCACCUUCCAACUAUCACCGAUGAUCAAUUACCGACUUCAUUAGACUAUAUAUGGCAAAAGAUAAGACAGUCCUGGUCAGAUUGGUUUAAUCAAAUUGAUGACAACGUAAAUAACCAAGGUGCGAUGUUUAGCGCAUCCAUCUUACAAACCUGGGCUAAAGGUCUCGACGAAAUCUGCCAGUCGGACAAAACUCCAGAGGGUUUCCACGCUAGCUGUCAAAUAGACUUGAUAAACCUCCGUCAGAACUGGGAGUCAAACCUCGGCUGGUUGAUCGCUAGAGAUAUCACAGCAAGGCCAAGCUGGGCAGUCUAGUCUAGUAGAACGAUAACAACGAUAACAUUUUUUAUUUAUACUUACGGUUGUAAUGUCUUUUAUUUAUAUUUAUUUUACAUCGACGCUUGGACAGGAUCUACCAUGACUUCCGCGAAUGACGAGCAAACUUUGAAUAGAGUUUUUAGUUUGGAUAAACCAUACACGCCUACAACACCUUCAUUCUCAACAACACCGAGAAUAAGCUCAAGACAGAUGCUCAACAACGCUUUAUCUUUGGCAAAUACAGCAGUAAAUCUAGAUAAAGAUAACGAUUUCCCGAAAGCUUUGCACGCAUACAAAGACGCUAUGGAUUUGUUAGAGAACGUUAUGCGUAGAGUAGAGGCAGAGAAUAGCACAAAUAGCAGCCAACAAAAACCAACUUCUAGGAGGUUAGAAGAGGCGAGGAGGUUGAAAAUAAUACACGAAACAUAUAAAGAUAGAAUUAGACUCUUAGAAGUACUUUUAGACACGAAUGAAGUCCAAAAAGCUCUAGUAAACUCACCAAUCGACGAGAAAUCUGAAUUGGAAAACAAACCACCCCAGAAUCAAUCGUCUCCUACGAGCUCUGUCUCUUCACCUCAUAAGACAGCCUCAAGCGAUUCACAUCUGAAUUCAAAAUCCAUGCAUACACCCUCGAUCGAGUUCACACAGGUAUCACCACAGCAACCCAAAACAAGACAUGUAACUACACCUUCUAUAUCCAUACAGCCGGGUUCACCUCUCGAACCACCUGUGUCUACAGAGAGGAGCGACUCAAAUCAGACGCUCACUGAUUCCCCUCGAAGACCACCAAUGAACAGAUCGAGAUCAUCUUCUACGAAUUCAUCAUACAAGUUACCAACAAGAACUUCUUCAAUGGCUUCUCUCAGUGAAAAGCAUCAGAUAGUUCCUCUAAUAAAUUCCUCCGUUGGUGAAGGCUCACUAUUACAACGUAGGCAAGCGAAUAAAUCGAAUGAGACUGAAUUGUUUGAAACUGAAACGACAAAAGCUUUCAAAUUGGAUACAUUAGAUAGCCAGCGACCGCAAAACAACACGGCAGGUAGACUCAGAGCUAUAUCACAACCCAAUACUAGAACUUCAGUAUCUUUAUCAAGGAAUCAAAGUAUACCACCGUCUUUACCUUUAAAUACAAUAAAUGACAAUAGAAAUAUCAAUUUAACGCAAAAUAUUGACAGGAUCAAUUUAUUUAAAACACUAUCAAAUAAUUUAUAUGCCACUUCUGAACCAAUUAUACCUGAUCCACCAAGCAGAGGCAAACCAUCAUUUGAUUGGUACCACAGUGAUCCAACGAGGAGACCAUUCCAGUUGAUGAAAUUACUAGCUAAAUCUAUUAGAGAAGGCGCCUAUAUUUCACCUAGACUUUACGUUUCACCCCAAAUAUGGCUUGAUAGUAGAAAUGUCGUAAAACUCAACCACAUUGAAGUUAAAGUUAAAUCAUUAGAAACUAUCCUUGAGGGCUUAUUUGAAGUCUACACAAUUGGAAAAAAUUUCGUACAAUCGCAGGUCGAAGAUGAAAUUUUUCUGAACGCUCUUUGGGGUUUUAAUAAGACACUCGAUGAGGUGCAAAAUCAACUCGAAAAGAAAUUAGAUUUGAGUAGCUAUUCCAACAACAAUUUCUCGCCAACACAAUCAUCGACUAACAAUAAAUCAUCAAAUUGGACUACGAAGCUUUCAAGAAGUCUGGGUGUCUCGAAUGGUCGCAAAACUGAAGAGGGCUGGCUAUAUGCUUAUAUUGACUUAUUGAAUAAGGUUUUUGUUAACGCCCAAGUUUUAGACGUACACUUUGGAUAUUUGCAAAAUGACGUAUACGAAUUAUACAAAGAUUCAACGAUCGAGAUAAGACAUUCGAUUGCAAAAAGUCUGCAACAGUCUUCAAUUAUAUUCUCAAGGUCAAUUUGUAAAUUCGUCUUGACAGAUCUCGACGUUUUAAUCGGCAAAUGGACAAAGAGAUCACAUGGAGUGGACAAUUGAAUAGUCUAGAAAUUAGAUAACAAUAUUUUGUAGAAAUACUAUGUAUUUGUAAAAAAUUUUUGCACCUGAUGACAGAUUCCGC